AUGGCGGUCACCCACUCGAAGGACAAGACAAGCUGGUUCCGCGUCGAGAUGUACUCGCCGCUGGCUGAGGAGGCCACGGCACGCGUGGGGCGCGGCAGCAGGGUCACAAUCAACGGGUUUCUGAAGGAGGACACCUGGGUGGACAAGGCCACAAACAGCCGCCGCUCAAAGAUCAAGGUCAUCGCGCAGUCGCUAGGCAUCGUGUCCUUGCGCGGCCCGAACCAGCAGGACGGCGCGGGCGCGGGCGCCUCUGACAGCGCCCCGUCGGCGGCUGCGGCAUAG